CGGUAGCAGCGACGGGCCAAAUUUGUGACUUUACCGUGUAGCAGCGACGGGCCAAAUUUGUGGCUUUACCGUGUAGCAGCGACGGGCCAAAUUUGUGGCUUUACCGUGUAGCAGCGACGGGCCAAAUUUGUGGCUUUACCGUGUAGCAGCGACGGGCCAAAUUUGUGCCAUGAUUUUAACCCCCCAAAAUAGAUGAUACAUAAACUGAUCACAAAUGCUUUGAUAUAUAUUAUGAAAUGGUUUGUGUGAGUGAUGAUUUUUUCUAUUUUUUCUCCCUUAGAGGGACCAUUAAGAAACAUGACCCUCACUGCUACCCCCCUGAAUCUUACAGUAACAUGCAAUAAAAAUUCUACUUAUCUCUUACUCCAUUAAAAAGAAACUCCCGUCCUUCGCCACGCGUGUUGUUUUAACCUCAGCAUUUCCAAACGAACCAGGAAGCAAAGGAAAACAAGAGACCGUAUGAUUGGUGGAAGAUAAAGCAUUAAAACGACGCUGGUUAAUCCUUCUCGUCUAGGAAUACAACGCCAGGUAGUUCAAGAGGAAAGAGUAAGGCUCCACGUGGCCCACAAAGGCUGAGGCAGAUUGUGACGAAACAGGAGAAAGAAGGAGGAAAGGGAGAGAGGGGAGGGAGAGAACUUUACGCUGUGCUACUGAUUCAUGCAUUUCUCAGGCGCCCCCGUCUCUAACCCCCCCUCCCCUCUCCCUUAUAGUACCCCCACUAGUCUCCCGUCACAAAGUUCGCCCGGUGUACUCCAGUGUGAACCGAUUCGGACGAGGCAAAUUCCACAACAGAAGGUGAGGCGUCUGGGCCACGGGUUCGGCAGUGUCCAGCAGGAAGGCCCGGACGAGGGUGGUGUGUGCACGCGACGCUGCCCCGCCAGUCACCAGCGGUGGGCCUGACACCACGCCGUCACCUUGGCCCCCCGCUACAAACAGACACACGCGACACAUACAACACCGCACACCCACUGCGCCAGGCCAGGAGCCACCCAGCCGCCCCGGGCUCUGUUUUCUGUCUGACAAGUGUGAGAUGACCAGAUGCGGCCGUCGAGGGAGUGAAGCGGAGGUGUCCUUGGUCAGCCUGUCAAGAGCCUGAUAACCAAGGAGUCUAUCAGGAGUAAGUAAGUCAUUGCAGCCGCCGGAAGAGGACGCCACGUUACUAGACUCAAGACUCACGCGAAAGGCACCAGUUAAGAAGACAUCAUGGGGUGUGGACUCAGCUCCGAGGCCGCCGCUGGCAUUCCUGACCCCACGAACCCCGAUGAGGCACUGGAGUUCGCCAUGAGAAACGCCGACAAGGACGCGUUGCAGAGAGCCGUCGAGACGCACGCCAAUGUCAACAAGGUGUUCACGGACAAACAAGGCCUCGAGUACACCGCCAUGCACAUCGCCGCCAAGUUAGGCUGCGAAGAACUCAUCCACAAACUGGCUAAAGCCGGCGGGGACGUGAAGCGGUUGGACGGGCGAGGCGAGAGUCCUCUGCACAUCGCCGCCAGACACGACAAGGGCGAGGCGGUGAAGGCCCUGGCGGGGAUCGGCGUGGACCUGGAAAUGCUCAACAAAGACAAGCUGACGCCCCUCACCGUGGCCAUCACCAACAACAGCCCCAACGCCCUGGCCAAGCUGAUAGAGGCGGGGGCUGAUGUGAACGGGAAAGACCAUCUCGAGGCGCCCUUGAUCAUCGCUGCGAAGGUGGGCAACGAGGACGCUGUGGUGACUCUCCUGCAGGCCAACGCACAGUACGAGACUCUCAUGAUCCCGAUGCCUGACGGCAACGAGAGCGUCAACCUUUCCACGUGGGCAACCUCCAAAGGUCACACCAAGGUCACCGAAGCCAUUACUGCCAGGGAAGCCAAGGCAGGAGAGGUGGACGAAGAUGCUGCUAAGGAAAAGGACUCCGGCUCGCCUCGGCAGGAGGGCGAUGGCGCUGAAGAAAUUGCCGAUGCAAACGAAGCUGCUGACGCUCCCCCAGCAGAAGAAGCUCCAGCUGAAGACCCCCCAGCAGAAGAUCCCCCGGAAGAUCCCCCAGCAGAAGAUCCCCCGGAAGAUCCCCCAGCAGAAGACGCACCAGCCGAAGAUCCACCAGCAGAAGAUGAGCCAGCGGAAGAUCCACCGGCAGAGGAUCCACCCGCGGAAGAUCCACCAGCAGAGGAUGCACCAGAGGAAGAUCCACCAGCAGAAGAUGCGCCAGAGGAAGAUCCACCAGCAGAAGAUGCGCCAGAGGAAGAUCCACCAGCAGAAGAUCCACCAGCAGAAGAUCCACCAGCAGAAGAUGCACCAGAGGAAGAUGCGCCUGCCGAGGAUCCACCUGCAGAAGAUGCUCCCGCAGAUGAGGAUGCACCUGCAGAAGAUCCACCAGCAGAAGACGCACCAGAAGAUCCACCAGCAGAAGACGCACCAGAAGAUCCACCAGCAGAUGACGCACCAGCAGAAGAUGCAUAAAGGGGCCCGGUGACUAAGGGUAAGAACAGUGUACUUUCACCCCUGAACAGGACAGUGGUUAUACUGGUUGAGGCUGACAAGACGCCUCGCUCCCUACAGUCCAGGGGCGCCGAUUUGUGCUCAAUGGUUGGUUCUCUUCACCUGAACGUAACAUACACACACAAAAUAUAUAAAUAUUAAGAUGUUCAGCACCAACUCAUAGUGGCGUAACUCUUGACCGUGACAAAUGCAAUGGCUAAGGGCCAGCCAGUGUCUUUUCCUCACUAUGCAACAUUGCUUCUGUGGUGUGUGUGUGUGUGUGUGUGUGUGUGUGUGUGUGUGUGUGUGUGUGUGUGUGUGUGUGUAAGAUGUGUGGUGAGGGGGAGGGGUCUGCCUUUGUGAGUUUGCGUGUGUGUGUGUGUGUGUGUGUGUGUGUGUGUGUGUGUGUGUGUUGAGACAAAAAAAUCGUAACACAGACAGCGGUGUAAUUCCAUUCCGUCCAAACAAAGUGAUAGGGGCUCUUGCGUCGAGAGACCUGAUGUGAGCAUUUUUGGCGAGAACAACACUGUGAUCUCCGUGGGGUACAUGACCUCUCUGUUCUCUGUCACACGAGCUGCGUCACAUCCGCCUCAACUUUUUCAUGUUAUGCACUAUUUUUUUCAUGACCUCUGGGACACCGACACCAUUCAUCUCGGGAGACUCGUUUCAUAUUUCCAUUUAUCACUUCAUUUAUCCUCGUGAAUAUAUUUAGUAGCCCGCGGAGAACAUAACGAGGGGGCAGGGCAGGGUGAUGCUUUCGAGUGGCCGUAGUACUGAUAUCGACAGGCAACGUAAUUCCCCUUCGAGUACAAGGUUGUUGAUGCCGAGGUCUUUUUUGGCAAACAAGGCAUGACUGGAACCUCUCUGUAUGCACUCCCUCCGAGCAAGAUUGUAUGUCGUGCAUUGUACAGUUAACGUGUACUAGUCGGUGUAUACUAUUUUGAAUAAAGCAUCAACUAACUGUGUUCAA